AUGAAAGUGUAUCAUCGAGAAUUGUGGGGGCCAAUUAACGUCUUUAAAUCUGAGAGCAACGCAUAUCGACGACUAAAAGAAAAGGGCCUAUGCGAACGAGGAAUUGUACCAGACUUUUAUGGAAUGAUUGAAGACAUCGAUCCGGCCCUCUGGCAACCACAUCUGAAUAUGUUUCGAAAAGACGAAGCUCGACCAAGUGCUCUAUUCAUUGAAUAUAUCCCUGAUCUGAGAAAGAUUGACUUAGACAACUACACAACAGAACGAAUUUUGAAAUUAGGCACCAUUCUUCGAGAAAUUCACAAGGCGGGUGUGCUUCAUGAUGACCCAUAUCCUCGAAAUAUGAUGGUUCAAGAGAGCUCGGAUAGGGUUUGUUGGAUUGACUUUGAUCGUGCGGAUACUUUUGACUUUCCUCUGAAUGAAAGACAACAGCAUUGGGUAGCUGAGGAAUUGGAAAUGAUGGAUUAUUUUGUGAAAGGACUGGAGGAAGACUAUAAAGAGGGCAAAAUAUCGCGAACAUGGGAAUAUUAUUACACUUAUUAUUAA